AUGCUUGUUUUAUCACAACCGCGAAUUGGUUUGAGAGCGUUUGAAGAAACACUACUCGCACCUGUCGGUGGUUUCGGAUCAGCAGAUACAACCUUAGAACGUGGUGGAAAUCGUGGACUUUUAUUAUCUAGCGACGCUGAUCACAAAGGACCAACUUUGGUUGGUAGUCGACAAAGACAAUCGGAAUCACCUCCACAACAUAACAAAAAUUGGAAAGACGUUGACGGAUAUGAUGACGAUGACCUACGUGAUGGACCACAGACAACAGAAACACCAGGACAAACAAAUAUUAAGAAACAACAGCCUAUUGGACCUGGGGUUAGAAAGAAAGCUUUCUCGAAAAAGAAUGAAUUUGUACCACCGUAUGAAAUUGUUCCAUGUAUGCGUCCAGUUGUAUUUGUUGGUCCAGCACUGAAAGGUUAUGAAGUAACUGAUAUGAUGCAAAAGGCAAUAUUUGAUGCAAUGAAAAAACAUUUUGAUGGAAGAAUUAUUGUCAGCCGUGUGAGUACAAAUAUUUCAUUGGCUAAACGCGUUGGAGACCUGUUACAUUUGGAUAAGAAGAAUAUCUUGGAGAAAGGACGUAGUCGUCAACUUGUUUCCCUAAUUGAAAUACAACAAGAUUUGGAGAGAAUAUUUCAUUUAGGCAGUAAAAUGCAACUGCUUCUCUUGGACUGUGAUACAAUCAACCAUCCGAAUCAAAUAUCUAAAACGUGUUUAGCACCGAUUGUCAUCUAUAUAAAAAUUUCCAGUAUUCGCGUAUUAAAUCGAUUAAUUAAAAAUCGUGGUAAAUUACAAAAGAAAAAUGCUGGUGUACAAACUGCUGCUGCUGAAAAGUUACUACAAUGUUCACCGGAAUCAUUUGAUUUUAUCAUAGAUCAGAAUACUUUGUCAGCUGCUACUGAAGCAUUGAAACACUUUUUAGAAGGUUAUUGGGCUGCAACACAUCCACCAUUGAUAGUUAGUAAAGCUGAACGCCUUCUUGGAUCGUUUUCUAUACCAAUGCCUGAAAUUCAUGAAGUUGAUUCUGAUCGUCCACUUGUCCCAAUGACACCAGGACAUCCUGGACUUAGUGUCGUCACUAAGUCAGCUUUAAGCGCUGGAUUUACUAGUCAAGAAAUUAGUGUACUGACAGGAGCAAGAGCAGCUGGUUGGUUAACAGAAAACGGUGGACCAGUAGAAAAUGAACUUGGCCUAACAGGUGUACAUCAUGCAGGCAGUGUUGGCAGUGAAUACAAUGCUACAAGUCUGGGCGGAAUACGAACUAAAGGUGGUGGUCAUGAUAACAACACGCUUGGUAGUCGUCAUACAAUACAUAAUUCCGAUGAGGAAAAUGAUGUUUCACAACGUACACAUUAUCAUCGUAAUGGUCGAUUACAAGUGAAUGCUGCACAUGCUGCAGCAAUUGCCGCUGUCGCUGCUGGAUUAACACCUAAAGCACAUUCAGUUCAUCCGUCAUUAUUAUCGGGUGAUGGCUUAGGAAGUGGUGUUCCCAAUGGAUAUAAUUCAGCAAGUAUAUCGCAUGCAUCACCUGGUUUAACAAUGGGUUUAGGAUUGGGACUGGCAAGUGGUGUUGCGGCGACUAUAAACGCUGCCCUCUUUCCGAGUCAUCACCAUCAUCAUCAUUCAUCAGAGACAACUCAGGCAAACAAACGGAUACCACCGCCAACAUUAGCUGCGGCAGCUGUUGCAUCUGUCACUGCACCACCUUUAAAAGAUUUAGGAAUUCAUCAAGUGGAAGGAUCAGAUGGUCCACAGGGUGAGUGA